CGGCGCGGCGGCACAGGGGGCUCCGGGGUCGGACCGUCGGCUCUCCCUGCGCUCUCCGCACCGCGGCUUAAAUGAUGUAUUUUGUGAUCGCAGCGAUGAAAGCUCAAAUUGAAAUUAUUCCAUGCAAGAUCUGUGGAGACAAGUCAUCAGGAAUCCAUUACGGCGUCAUCACGUGCGAAGGCUGCAAGGGUUUUUUCAGGAGAAGUCAGCAGAGCAACGCCACCUAUUCCUGUCCCCGUCAGAAGAACUGUUUGAUCGAUCGAACCAGUAGAAACCGCUGCCAACACUGUCGGCUACAGAAAUGCCUGGCUGUGGGGAUGUCUCGAGAUGCCGUCAAGUUUGGCCGGAUGUCGAAGAAGCAGCGGGACAGCUUGUACGCAGAGGUGCAGAAGCACCGGCUGCAGCAGCAGCAGCGUGACCACCAGCAGCAGCCGGGCGAAGCGGAGCCGCUGACGCCCACCUACAGCAUCUCGGCCAACGGGCUGACGGAGCUGCAGGACGACCUCAGCAGCUACGUGGACGGGCACACCCCCGAGGGCAGCAAGGCCGACUCGGCCGUCAGCAGCUUCUACCUGGACAUACAGCCCUCGCCGGACCAGUCAGGGCUGGACAUCAACGGGAUCAAACCGGAGCCCAUAUGUGACUACACACCAGCGUCUGGCUUCUUCCCCUACUGCUCCUUCACCAACGGAGAGGCCUCCCCGACGGUGUCCAUGGCGGAACUAGAGCAUCUUGCACAGAAUAUAUCCAAGUCCCACCUGGAAACCUGCCAGUACUUGCGGGAAGAGCUGCAGCAGAUAACGUGGCAGACCUUCCUGCAGGAAGAGGUCGAGAAUUACCAGAACAAGCAGCGAGAGGUGAUGUGGCAGCUGUGUGCCAUCAAAAUCACAGAAGCCAUCCAGUAUGUGGUGGAGUUUGCCAAACGCAUCGAUGGGUUUAUGGAACUGUGUCAAAACGAUCAAAUUGUGCUUCUGAAAGCAGGUUCUCUCGAGGUGGUGUUUAUCAGGAUGUGCCGUGCCUUUGACUCUCAGAACAACACCGUGUACUUUGACGGGAAGUAUGCCAGCCCCGAUGUCUUCAAAUCCUUAGGUUGUGAAGACUUCAUUAGCUUUGUGUUUGAAUUCGGGAAGAGCUUGUGUUCUAUGCACCUGACUGAAGACGAGAUUGCAUUGUUCUCUGCAUUUGUACUGAUGUCAGCAGAUCGUUCCUGGUUGCAGGAAAAGGUAAAGAUAGAGAAACUGCAGCAGAAAAUCCAGCUAGCUCUGCAGCACGUCCUGCAGAAGAACCAUCGAGAGGAUGGAAUUCUCACCAAGUUAAUAUGCAAGGUGUCUACGUUAAGAGCCUUAUGUGGACGACAUACGGAAAAGCUCAUGGCGUUCAAAGCAAUAUACCCAGACAUUGUGCGACUGCAUUUUCCUCCGUUAUACAAGGAAUUGUUCACUUCAGAGUUUGAGCCAGCGAUGCAAAUUGAUGGGUAACCGUAUCACCUACGCACUUCUAGAAUGUCUGAAGUACAAACAUGAAAAAAGCAAGCAAAAACAAACAAACAAACAAUUAACCGAGACACUUUCUAUGGCCCUGCACAGCCCUGGAGCGCCAGCACACGGCACAGCUUUUGGUGAUGGGGGUCAGGCGACGGAGGGGAAAGAAACAGUGGAAACAAAUAAGAGUUGGACUUGUUUUUCUCAUGCAUAUGAUUUCCAUUAUGCCUACAGAUGUGGACCCUUUCUCUGUGUGGACUUGUUGAGCGUUGGCCUCUGUUUACAGCAGAAAGAGGGCGUGAAGGUCAAAGUCACAGCUGGAAGAUGUCCUUCUCUUACAGCUCACUGCCCACAAGACUCUGCGGCUCCAACAGAGCGCCCAGCAAUAAUCGGUGCCCGGUGUGCGUGGCGGAGGGUGCGGCACUACUUUGCACAACUUGCUCUUGUUCUCAU